UACUUUAAUUUAUUGAUUUUAGUUUAAUUUGUCGAUUAAUUUUCUAGGCUUUGAUAUAUGCUUUUUUAUAGUAAUUGGGUUUACUUUUGGUGAAAAAAUUUGGGGGUUGUAUGUGGGUGUUGAUGAAUUUUAAUCUUUAGGAUUUUGGGUGUGAUAAUUUGUCAAAAAGUUCAGAACUUUGGGCUUUUUUUGUUAGUUGAAAUCAAUUUUCUUAAAAAAUUUGGGGUUAUAUUUGUGGGGUGUGAUGAAUUGAGGAUUUUAGGGUUUUGGCGUUGAUAAUUUGUGAAAAAGUUUGGAGCUUUUGGCGUAAAGAUGGAUAAUUCUGAUUAUUCGAGAAACAGGGGAAAUGAGUAUCUGGGUGUGAACAAGAUUGGGAAAAAUAUUAGGAAAAGUCCUUUACAUCAACCGAGUUUCGCAAAUCCUGCUAGGCAACAACCUCAACCACAGGUGUAUAAUAUUAAUAAGAAUGAUUUUCAAAGUAUUGUUCAACAACUUACGGGGUCGCCUUCGCGCCAAUCACAAGAGCCACUUCCUAGACCUCCUUUGAAUUCGCCUAAACAAGCAAAUAUGCGGUUGCAACGAAUUAGGCCUUCACCAUUGACACCGUUGAAUGUGGGCAGACCCCGAAUGCCUAUGCAUCAUCUACCGGCGCAGGAACAAAUGCUGCCUCAUCGUCCGCCCAAUGGUACAGCCCCUGGUGGGGUUCCGUACAAUGGUAGUAAUCUUGGUAGGCCUCCGCAUCAUGGGCAGCAACGGCCACCACCGCCUAUGGCACCACCACCCAUGAAUGCUGGUGAUCAUGCAGGGUGGUCGAAUACUGCCGAGUCUCCUAUUUCUCAAUAUAUGAGAUACCUUCAGCACUCGAUCAUUGAUUCAGCACAAGGACAUCCACAAGGUCAUCAACAAGGUCAUCCCCAAGCUCGUCCGCAAGGUCAUCCGCAAUUCCGUCCCCAAGCUCAUCCUCAGUACCAGCAAAACCCGCAAGGUCAAAUGCAAGGUCAGCAGCAACAGCAGUCAUCUGGAUUGAUGCCUUACCCACUUCCGUCACCUCGGAUGAAUGGAGCCCCUCCUCUUCCGUCACCUCGGAUGAAUGGGCCCCCGCCUCUUCCGUCACCUCGGAUGAAUGGUGGCCCGCCUCUUCCACCUCUUCCGUCACCAAGAACGAACGGCCCACCACCACCUUUACCAUCACCAACGUCUCAAUAUCUUCUGCCAUCGCCAUCUGGUUACUUAAAUUUGUCAUCUCCUCGAUCACCAUACCCGUUACUUUCCCCAGGAUUUCAGCAUCCCCCACCAUUAACGCCCAAUUUUUCAUUUUCACCGAUGACUCAAUCUGGAGCCUUUGGUCCAGGACCUCAACCUCCACCUUCUCCUGGAAUGGGCUUUCCAUCUCCAAGUUUUUUCUCUAUGUUAAGUCCAAGAUGGAGGGAAUAGAUGGAUUACAGCAGCAGGAUGCUAACUUUGUUUGAAUUCAUUGUUGCAGCACCUUAACGUAAGUUACAUUGGUUGUAAAAUAGUCUCUUGGAAUCUUUUGAUGUUUUACUGUUUUUCAUUUCUGUUUAUAGACUUCAAAUGCUUGUUUAGAAUAUAUAGUUGCUAAUAGUGAUCAUCUGUUUAUUUCUUGAACAUGUAUUACGUUAGGUGUUUAGAAUAUAUGUAGAUGCUUGACCAGGAAAUGUGGUUUUAAGUCAUCAACCUUUAGUUCGGUAAUGUAGGUUGUAUUCUUAAAGAUUCAUCUUUGCUUUUAAAAGCAUCACAUGUAUUCAAAUUUUAGCUCAUAGACUAUCUUUUCAGGCUA